CACUCUCAUUGAAUAUAAUAUACUAUCUUCCUUUCUCGAUCUCCGAUUCUUCAAUCCUACGUUGUUGCAGAUUCAAUUUUCUCCUUCCCUUUGUUCUUUUGGAGAUUUCGAUCACUUCAACCUCCACAAAAUCUGCAUUAAUUUUCUAGUUGAAUUUGGUAUCACAUUGUCAAUCGCAGCAGAACAACAACAAGCGAUGUCGUUCGAGUUGGAGGAAGAAGAAUCCUUCGAGCACACGUUACUAGUUGUUCGAGAAGUUUCUGUUUUCAAGAUUCCGCCGCGUUCCACUAGUGGUGGUUACAAGUGUGGAGAGUGGCUACAGUCGGAUAAGAUCUGGUCUGGUAGGCUUCGUGUUGUUUCCUGUAAGGAUCGGUGUGAGAUCCGAUUGGAAGAUCCGAAUUCUGGAGAUUUGUUUGCGGCUUGUUUUGUUUAUCCUGGUCAGAGGGAGAACGCGGUGGAGUCGGUGCUUGAUUCGUCCAGGUAUUUUGUUUUGAAGAUCGAGGAUGGGACUGGGAAACACGCGUUUAUAGGGUUAGGGUUUACGGAGAGGAAUGAGGCGUUUGAUUUCAAUGUGGCCUUGUCGGAUCAUGAGAAGUAUGUGAAGAGAGAGACAGAGAAGGAUGCUGGUGAACCGAGCGACGAGAGUCAUAUCAAUAUCCAUCCUGCUGUAAAUCAUAGAUUGAAGGAAGGUGAAACAAUUCGGAUCACUGUAAAAAAUAAACCUGCUAGUGGAGCUGGGAUGCUUUCGGCUGCUGGAUUGUCUGGGGGUGCUGCUGGAACUGAAAAGAUCAAGCCACUAAGUCUUGCUCCUCCACCUGUUGCCUCCACAAAACUUAGACCUGCUGAAACUGAGAAGCUUAAGCCUCUCAGCCUUGCUCCUCCACCUAAUGCCUCUGGGAAGAUCAGGUCUCCUAUCCCACCCCCACCCAAUGAUCCUGCUGUUGUUCGGAUGACUUCUACUAGUCAGAAUGUUGCUGUCAAAACACACAAGGAAACCACAAGGCAGUCUACAGAUGCUUUCACUGAUUUCUCUCAGCUCGAGAGAAACCUUCCUUCCACGGGUGGAUCUGGAUCAACUCAAAGUAAAACCACAGCAGCCGGAUGGGCAGCAUUUUGAGAGAGGUAUAUUUUCGUUCCGUUCUGUUCUGUUCUGUUCCGUUCCGUUCUGUUAUGUUGGGAAAAGCAGAGUAGAUACAACAAAGGUACGAUACUAUCGGUUAUUGCAAAUAAUUGUAACUGGAAUAUAUUGAUUCAAUGUGCUUGACCUUGUAUUUCAUAUUUAUUACAUGUUGUACAAUUCUGUGCCCACCAAUUUCAAUCUAGUCUUAAGAUCUUGUGUUGUUCCAA